AUGGCCAGAGGUUCCUCUACUGAACGCAAGACUUCCAACGCUACCUUGUCCUCCAACAUUGCUUCUGUUCUCAACUCCCCCGCUACUUCCUCUUCACCAUCCCCAGAACCUUCGCCCAAUAUGGUUGGCCGCAAGAGCACUAUGCGCCACAGCCCGCAGACCGAUAUCUCCUCCAUGCCCAUUACCUACACUCCCACAACCCACCGCAUCAGCAAAGCAAAGAAGGGUAAGCGGGUGCACGCUUGCGAAUUCCCUGGAUGCAAUAAGGUCUUUACUCGCGCCGAACACCGCAGACGCCAUGAAUUGAACCACAACCCCGAAGCUUCCUACCGCUGCACACAAGUGGGCUGCAAGAAGGCCUUCCACCGACCUGAUUUACUUGCGCGCCACAUGGAGCGACAUGAACUCGAGUCGCAACCCGAACAAUCCCAAUGGGCUCCUCAGACACAAACUUCUAUUCCCAGUGACUCGGCCUCAAUUCCGCGCUGCAUUUCCAUGGACAACGGUUCCCUCAUGGCGGCCACUUCUCAGCCCAACUCUAUGUCUAUCGGUUCCCUGGUGGCUCCCGGGAUUCACCCAGAUCUCACAAACGACUGCUCUCUGGUGUGGAGUGGCAUGGAUCUGCCUCUACAGCACCCUCGCCCUUCUACCAACCUUUUCCACAACCAGCUCCCCGAACACGCCGAUGACAGCCCUUUCUACUCUUCACCCGCCGAGACCUGCCCUUCCCCACUCUCAGAUACCAACUUCUCUCUUCCCACCCACGGCAGCUCCAUCUCCUCUGGCUCUAUCUCCUUGAUCGAUGCCUAUCCCAAGAGUAUGAUGAAGACCGAGUUGACUGCUUCUCCUAUGCAAAUGCACUCGCCUUUGCGCUGGGACGGCUCGGAUGUUACCUCGCACAUGGUGUCCAUCUCUCUAGACGACAGCCUCAUCCAGCCACCCGUUCAGUGCCACUACCCUUCUCCUUCCUACCCAUCCCCCUCUUACCCAUCACCUUCUUAUCCUUCUCCUUCCUGGUCCAGCCCGGACUGUCUACCAUAUGAGGACCAAGUCCAGUCACUGGCGCACUUCCAGCCCCUCGGUUGGAAGCAAUGGGCAAUGUAA